AGUACAUGGGCUCUUACCAUGGAGGCGGGGCUUCUAGAUGACUACAAUGGCAACAUGCUCGAUAAGUGACUCCGCCAAUGUAGACGAUUUGAGCAAUGAUCCAGGCGCCGCACGUUAUGGCAACUUUAUAAACUAUUACACCUUCAAUCCGCCUGAAAACCGCCUGAGUCUGAUUCCAGCUUCCCUCCUUAAGGACUUAGGUUGCAGUGAUGUUCAGAGAGACACGCUGAUACUGGACGUGGGAUGCAACUCAGGGGAUCUGAGUGUGGCUUUAUACAAGCACCUGGUUCUGGGUCCUGCGUGUGCAGAGUCGUCAGAGAAAAGGAAAGUCCACCUCCUGGGCUUCGACAUUGAUGAGGAGCUCAUUCAGCGGGCUCAGCAGGCCAACCCCCUUCCCAACAACAUCUCCUUCAUCCCUCUAGACAUCACUCAGGACACACAGCAGCUGCAGGACUACCUCAUCAAGCAUGGCAGCUCCCACUUCCACUUGUGUGUGUGUCUGGCCGUCACCAUGUGGGUCCAUCUGAAUCAUGGAGACGCCGGCCUGCUGCAGCUGCUCUCUCAUCUUGCCUCCAUCAGCCAGCUGCUGGUGGAGGCGCAGCCAUGGAAGUGCUAUCGCAGUGCAGCCCGGCGCCUGAGGAAGCUGGGCCGCUCUGACUUUGAACACUUCAAGACCCUAAAGAUCCACGGGGACAUAGAGACACAUGUUAGAGAGCAUCUGGAAAACUGUGGCAUGGAGCUCAUACAGAACUUUGGUGAAACGACGUGGAGCCGGAAACCAAUGCUUUUUAAAAGAGAGGAGACUAAAGGGACAGUUCAACCCUAAAGUCAUUUUCAGGCACAUGUGCACCAUAUUAUGUAAUCCAAGAUUUUAUGGAAAGAUGAGAGUUCAUCUUUCCAGAGGAAAGUAAAUUCUGCAUGAAAUGCUUUGGUGUUUAUGCUUUUAAGAUGUUUGAAUUUUUACCACAAACUAGAGAUCAAUGAAUGAAGAAAACUGCAGAUCAAUAAACUUGAAACUGAAAGUUGG